CAACAACGAUUUUGUCAGUAGGCACGCUUAAGUUUGAUCAAUACAUUCUUCACCCCUAUUAUUAUUGAUGCAUACACAUAAUAUCAGGCUCAACUAAAAUUUUGACAAACUCUUGAAGAUUUUAUAUUAAUUGUGUCACUAACAACUUUUCCACGGACGAAGAUGACAACCGCAUCAACGAGGAAGGUAUCUCAGACAGCAUCGGAACAAAUGGAGGAUCGAAGUGAAGAAGAGGAAUUGAAGCAACUACGAGAACUAACGACGGAAGAUGAGGAGGAGGAGGAAGAGUUUGUUGAUGAUUUGAGAGGAAAUAGACAACGUCGUAAAUUUGCACGAGGGUCCACUUCGGCGUCACUAUUUUCUAGAAAAAAUACCCUCCUCUCCAUCACUCAGUCCUUGUUGGGGUUCGAGUUGGAUGAUGAUGAUGGUCAUCACAGCCGGGGGCAAGUAGUUGUCCCCUCGUCUGAUGAGGAUUCAUCCGCCUCCUCCCAGGCCGUUGGUGACUGGAAUGAACAGCAGAUUGCAUCGCCAGAGUUGCCACAAGAAUACUGGCAAGUGCAGAGAUUGGUCAAGUACAUCAAGGCAGGAAACCAAACAGCUACAAUAAUCGCACUUUCCGCCCUACGCGAUUAUGACCUGCAUGACGAAAUAAUUCAAAGGGCCAUUAAGGACAGCGGGGGCAUGGAAGUUCUCUUAAAUAUUUUGGAAACAGAUGAAAGUCGUUGCAAAAUUUCCGCACUGAAGGUUAUUCGAGAUGUGACAUACAAUUCGGAAAUUAGUCGGGCUUUGUUCAAUAUGAGGGGACUGGAAACACUGGUGGAGUGUCUGAAGGAGCCAAUAACAGAUAUAAGGCUCCUUACUGCCGAGGCGAUUUCAAAUAUUUGUAAAUUGAGAAAAGCUCGUCGGGCAAUGAGAAUGAGUGAUGGAAUCAAUCGACUGGUUGACAUGUUGGAAGCGUCUGAUAAGGACUGGCAGUUGGCAAGAUGUGGAGCUCUGGCCUUGUGGUCAUUGGCACGAUCUACCAAAAAUAAAGAAGCAAUAAGAAAAGCGGGCGCAAUACCUCUUUUGUCAAAGUUGAUGAUGACAGAUGAAGUGGACGUGGUCAUUCCCGUCGUUGGAAUUUUACAAGAAUGCGCUUCUCAACCCACUUUCAGGGAGGCAAUUAGAACACAAGGACUUUUACACCAAUUUGUAUUUGGGUUGAAUAGUGACAGUGCCGAAUUGGUCCAAUUUUGCGCAAAAGCUAUUUACAUGUGUGCCGAGGAUGAAGAGUCUCGCGAAAUAGUUUAUCAUCUGGGGGCUGUGGAACCUCUGUUGAGGAUUAUUCAGAAUGUUGAAUUGAGAAAGAAUAAGCCUCUUUUAGCUGCAGCGACUGGAGCUAUUUGGAAAUGCAGUUCUGCCAUUUUUAGGAAAGGUGGAGAAUCUUCCAUUUCCUCCAUAAUUGCCGAGGGUAGUCCUACUACCGGGUACAACAGCAGUGGGGAAAUGAGCACGGAAGGAAUUAUUCACCUCCUCGUGAGCCUUUUAUCUGACCAACCUGAGGAGGUUUUGGUCAAUGUUGCUGGAGCAUUAUACCAAAUAGCGAAAGCGGAUUUGGAGUACAACGCCCCAGUAAUUAAGAAGGCAGACGCAAUACGACCAUUAAUGGCUCUUCUAACAAGAAGUAACACGGAGUUGUUAGUAAACACGACCAAGGCUAUGGGAGAAUUGGCAAGGGACAAAGAUUGCCGAAUUGAAAUGGAAAAUUUGGAUGGAUUUCGUUUGGUUUGGUCUCUUCUUAAGCAUGAUUCAUCAUUAGUCCUUGCUUCUGCUGCUGAAGCCAUCUGUCCUUACGUUGAAAAUUCGCUGGACUCGGGACAAAUGGUACGAAAUUAUGUGGGUGGUCUUGAGACAAUUGUGGAAUUAUUGGCAUCGCCUGACCCGAGUGUCCAAGCUGCAGUUGCGUAUGCAGUCGGUUGUAUUGCUAGGAACGUUGACAACUUGUCCAUCAUGAGUGACCACGACGUAGUUGAAUACUUGGCGAGAUUGGCUCCAACGCCCAAAGCAGGAGAUAACGUACUGAAACAGUGUUUGGCUAAUGCAAUAGCUCAUUGUUCGUCAUGGGGAGAAAAUAGCCGAGAGUUUGGAAGGCGACAUGCUGUCGGAUAUGUUUGUGGUUAUCUGACAUUUGGCAACGGUGAUGUGCACCGAGCUGCUGCGAAGGCUCUUUGUGCUUUGUCAUCUGACCCAAGAAAUUGUGUAACCAUUCACAAGUGUGAAGGUGUAGUUCCGCUUCUUAUUAAUUUGAGCGGAUCUGAUGAUGAAGAUUUGCGAAAUUCCGUCGCAGGAAUUAUGUCGAACAUAAGGAAACUUGCCCUAUGUGCGGAGAAUGUUCGACUAAUCUAAAGUUAUAUUUACAUUCGAUGCAGUACAAAACCUAAGCAUUUUAUAUAUGUAUGUGUGUAAAUAUGCAUUGCCAUUGUAAUCGAACCUGCAAACCUUUGUUCUGCAUCAUUCAAAUCAAAUUAUGUUGCUGAAUAAGAAAAACCUUUUUUUAAAAUUAUACUACUAUUAACUGUACUCUACUUUUUGUAAAAUGC